CUACUUCCCGCCUAGCCAGGGCUCACUUUGCAAGCGCCCCCCCUUCUCCGGGGGCGGGGAGGGAAGAGAGAAAAGAAGACUGGGAACGAUCCCAGUUCCGUGGAGACUGGCAGGAACCCACAACGACCUUCAUUCAAAGCGUGCGGCUGAAAGGAGAAGGGCUCUCAAAAUCUGGGUUGCGCUGCCGAGGGUGGCGGUGGCGGGGUGGUUCAGAGGCCUGUCGGCCCCACGGGGGUUCGUUCGGAAGCCCCCCAGCAGAUUCUGAGCGCAGGAACUGGGGGAUCUCGAGAUGGGGUCGAGAGACCGAUGGCCUGCCACACGGAAGAGAAGGGUAGUGGCCGAUCCAAGCCCUUAGGAACGCCAUCCUCAUCGGUGGCGCAUCUCGUGGCAGAAGGGCACCAUUGAUUUCUCUGAUCAUGCGCCCCGACACUUGUAUGCCUCCUGUCUCCCAGGACUGUUCCUUUGCAAGGAAGGUGUGCAUCCAGUUGCUGCUCCUGAGUUUUCUCCUGCCCACCUGGUUAGGUGCUGUGGAAAUCAAGGUCUCCGAAGAGCCUGUGGUCGCCCUUGUUGGCCAUGAUGCAAUCCUGCACUGUUCCUUCUCACCGGAUGCCAAUUUUAGUCUGGAUGAUCUCAGCCUCAUCUGGCAGCUGACAGAUACCAAACAGCUGGUGCAUAGCUUUGCGGAGGGUCGGGACCAGCUGGCGUACCAAGGGAGCAGUUAUGCCAACCGCACUGCCCUCUUCUAUGAUCAGCUGGCCCAAGGCAACAUGUCCCUGCUGCUGCGCCACGUGCAGAUUUCAGAUGAAGGGAGCUUCACCUGCUUCGUCAGAGUUCGGGACUUCAGCAGUGCAGCUGUUACUCUACAAAUGGCAGCUGCCUACUCCAAGCCCAACCUGAACUUGGAACCCAACAAGAACUUGAAGCCGGGUGACCUGGUCACAGUGACAUGCCACAGCUUUUCUGGGUACCCUGAAGCUGUCGUGCUCUGGCAAGAUGGCCACGGCCACAACAUCACUGACAACAUCACCACCUCCCAGGUGGCCAAUGAGCAGGGUCUCUUUGAUGUCCAGAGCAUCCUGCGGGUGGUACUUGAACCUAACAGCACCUACAGUUGCCUGAUAAAGAAUUCUUUGCUUCGCCAGGAGACCCACGCUUCUGUCACCAUCACAGGACAACACCUUCUGUUUCCAGCAGUAGCACUCUGGGUCACAGUGGGGUUGUCGAUCUGCCUUGUCAUCCUCCUGGUCAUCCUCGCAUAUGUGUGCCAGAAGAAAAUCCGGAAAAGUUGCAAAGAGGAGAAAGAGAAUGCUCGUAAUUGUUACUUGCGUGUAGACUUGCUCUGUCUUGAUGCAUACUUCCUUUUCGACUUCCCUUCUCCCUGCCCCCCACCCUGACAUUUCUAGGGCUGCGUGGUGCUUUGAAUUUGAAAGCAAAAAGAUGCUUCAAGGGGAUGGGAAGGUAGCACCUGUCUGCAACUCUUUAAA